UGAAGCUGAGGGUUAACAGGUCAAAGCUAGGUCAGCUUUGGCAGACGAAUUUAUCAAAGUGAGGAAAACUUGGUGACAAACCAACUUCCCUAUGUACACAUGAUAAUGUAAGGACAAUUUUGCAAUAGUGGGGAAUAGAAGAAAUGAUGGCUGUGAACCAGUCACGUGUACUGACACUUCAUGGUGGAGAAAACAAUGAGUUUAAACUUUACAGACUUGAGAAAGGUUGGACUCUUCGGUUUGUCUUGGGUCCGUCACUUCAUGCCAGUCCAGUUCGGGUAUUCUGUAAUCAUCCACAAGAUAAACAUACAAAAUAUGACCGAGAUACAUACUAUGAAGUAUAUUGGAAGAAUUAUACUGGUUCUAAGAUAGACAGAUAUGAUGUAGUAGCAGAUGUACACAUUUACAUUGCUGGAUCCUUUAACUACUAUUUUACAGUGGAUGACAGUGAUUCUAGGAAAUCUCCAUCAGGACAAGGCUACUUUUUGGUUGAUCCAACUUUAUCAUUUGGUACUGAAGAUGAUGACGAUGAAGAAGAUGAGAUCAGCAUGGACUGUAUACAGUGUCAGUCUAUACUUACAAAAUUACUUGGACCAUUCCCUGAAUGGGAAGCAAAAUUAUAUGCUGCCAAAAUGUCUGGCUAUAACAUGAUCCAUUUUACACCAUUACAAGAAUUAGGAGAAUCUAAUUCAGCCUACUCCAUACGGGACCAGCGCCACUUAAGUCCUGUGUAUAAUAAUGGUGGAAAACAGUAUACAUACAAAGAUGUUAACCAUUUAGUCCAGAAGAUGUCAAAGGAAUGGAAAGUUCUGUCUUUGACAGACUUGGUCUUUAAUCAUACUGCCACAGAUACACCAUGGAUUCUAGAUCAUCCAGAAUGUGUUUACAAUCUAAAGAACUCUCCACAUCUCAAACCUGCUUACCUUGUAGAUAGAAUCUUUUACCAUUUCAAUGUAGAAGUAGCCGAUGGCAAAUGGAAACAUAAUGGGAUUCCCAUAGAAAUUACCACUGAAGAACAUUUACAGAUAAUUUAUGAAGUCUUAUCUAAAGAAGUAUUUCCAAUGCAGAAACUGCACCAGUUUUACAGUAUUGAUGUAGAGGAAUGUUUGAAACAAUUCAAAUAUGCUAUUGAAGAAAACAGAUUUAUAUCGUCAUCAAAACCAGUUUUAGAGAUAAUUCAAGAUAAAGAAUUCCGUCGUAAUAAAUGUUGCAUAGACUUAGACACAGCAUUAAGACUGUAUAAUACAGAUAGACCUGGUGUGUACAGUCGUCAAGAAAGAAUUGAUCAGUGUUGCAAAGAACUAAGACGCAGACUAAAUGAAUUGGCUACUGAAAAAGAAAACAUGGUCAUAGGCCAUAUUGGAAAAGCAUUAGAGAACUUUAUUGCAAAUGCUAGAUACAGAUAUGUGACUGAUGAUGGUCCCAAACUAGGAAAAGUUACAGUUAAGGAGCCAUUGAUGUUUAAUUAUUUUGUACAACCAACAACACACCAAGGAACAUUGGAUUUUGAAGAGAGUACAAUGUAUGGUGAUGGAGCUGCCCAUAUAAUGGCAGUAAAUGGUUGGGUAAUGGGGGAUGAUCCCCUUAAAAACUUUGCUGAACCAGGUAGAGAUGUAUACUUAAGGAGAGAGCUAAUAGCUUGGGGAGAUAGUGUUAAAUUAAGGUUUGGAGAAAAGCCAGAAGAAUGUCCCUUCUUAUGGGAUCUUAUGAAGAACUAUGCUGAAACAACAGCUAGAAUAUUUCAUGGUGUUAGAUUAGACAACUGUCAUAGUACUCCAUUACAUGUUGCUGCAUAUAUGAUUGAUGCUGCUAGGAAGGUGAGACCUGAUUUGUAUGUUGUAGCAGAGCUCUUUACUGGACAUGAAGAUCUGGAUAAUUUAUUUAUGAACAAACUUGGCAUCAAUUCACUUAUUAGAGAGUCUCUGAAUGCUGGAAAUGCACAUGAACAAGGUAGAUUAAUACAUAGAUAUGGAGGUCAUGCAGUGGGUUCUUUUAAUCAACCUAGAUUACGACCUUUAUUACCAACAACAGCACAUGCUUUAUUGUUUGAUCAAACUCAUGAUAACAAGAGUCCUAUUGAGUUGAGAUCUCCAUAUGACAGUUUUCCUAGUGCUGCCUUAGUUUGUAUGGCAUGUUGUGCUGUAGGAAGUAAUCGAGGAUAUGAUCAGCUUGUUCCUCAUCAUAUCAAUGUAGUGACAGAAGAAAGGAACUAUAUGGCCUGGACAUCUGAUGAGUUUCCUGGUAGACCAUUUAUGAAUAAGAAUUUUGGUAUUACAGCAGGAAAGAAAAUACUCAAUGAACUUCACUUCAAACUUGGUUAUGAGAAGUAUUCAGAGGUGUAUGUUGACAAUUUACGAGAUGAUGUUGUAGCAGUUACAAGGCAUAAUCCAAAUAACCAUGAUUCUGUAGUACUAGUUGCUAGAACAGCCUUCCAACACCCACAAGAUCCAAAUGGAACAGGCUAUAUAAAGCCUAUAGUAGUUCAGGGGAAAGUAAAGGAAGUGUUGUUUGAAGGAAGAGUUCUGGAAGCUAAAGAAUUCACAUAUGUCAAAGAUUCUGAAUACAUAAAUGGCUUGCCUAAUUAUUACCUGGAAAUGAAACAGAACUUUGAUCCUAAAGAAACAAAAAUGGUUGAUAUUACCUUGUCAGAAAGUGGAGAAACUACACAAAUAUCAUUUAAAGAAUUUACACCUGGAAGUGUUGUAAUUAUUCAGUGUGGUUUAUCUGAUGCUGCUGCUAAAGCAAUAUUAACUAUUAGACAAUUCUGUGGUCAGUUCGGCUAUCUCAUGAGAUCUUACAGUGGUCGUAAAAUAUUUGAUGAAUCAUGGGACACAACUAAUUUCCAAGCAAUCGUAGGGAAACUAUCUUUAACAGAUCUGAAUCAUGUGCUUUAUCGAUGUGAUGCUGAAGAACAGUCUGAUGGAAAUGAUUUUGGUGCCUAUGAUGUACCAGGACAUGGUCCUUUUGUUUACUGUGGUAUAAGAGGUAUCUUAGCUGUGUUGAAUGAAAUGAGAGAAAGGAAUGAUCUAGGACAUCCUGUUUGUGGAAAUCUCAGAGAAGGGAACUGGCUUCCUCAGUAUAUAGCUAACAGACUUAAAGUCAAAGAAGGAACAAAAGUUCUAGGACAGUGGUUUGAUGAUGUAUUUAAACAUCUGCACAAUGUGCCAAGGUCUCUGGUUCCAUGUUACUUUGACACUAUUGUAAUGGGAUCUUACCUUGUACUUCGUAACAGGGCCGUAGAACAGAUGUCUGAUUUUAUUAAAGAUGGAUCCACUUUUCUCAAGAUAUUGGCAAUGGGAGCUGUCCAAUUUUGUGGCUAUGUAAAGACAUCAAAGUUGCCUCCCUUGUCCCCUAACUUAUUACCACCUAAUCCACCUGUAGAUGAAGAUGACAAAGAGGCCACAUUAUCGUUAGCAGCUGGUUUUUCUCACUUUGGUGCUGGAUACAUGAGAAACUGGGGACGGGAUACGUUUAUUUCAUUGAGAGGAUUAUUACUGGUAACUGGUAGAUAUCAGGAAGCCAGGUUUAUAAUACUAGCAUAUGGUGGAUGUUUACGUCAUGGUCUUAUACCUAAUUUAUUGAACGAGGGAAAAGGAGCUCGUUAUAACUGUCGUGAUGCUGUUUGGUGGUGGUUGCAGGCAAUACAAGACUAUUGCCAAAUUGUCCCAGAUGGUACAAGCAUUUUACAUGAUAAAGUACACAGAUUAUAUCCUUCGGAUAAUCCAGAAGUUCAAGAACCAGGCACUUUUGAUCAAACAUUAUAUGAUGUGAUACAGGAGGCUUUACAAAGACAUGCUGAAGGUCUGAAGUACAGAGAGUUUAAAGCAGGUCCAGAGAUAGAUAGUCAGAUGAUUGAUCCAGGUUUUAACAAUGAGAUUGGUGUGACCUGGGAAAACGGCUUUGUGUUUGGUGGUAAUGAGUGGAACUGUGGAACAUGGAUGGAUAAAAUGGGAAGUUCUGAUAAAGCUGGCAACAAAGGAAAACCAGCCACACCAAGGAAUGGGUCAGCUGUUGAACUUAUUGGGCUGAGUAAAUCAGCGUUAAGAUGGUUACAGGAAAUGAAGGCUAAAGACAAAUAUCCUUAUGAUUCUGUAAAUGCUAGAAUAAAUGGUGCUGAUGUAAAAGUUACAUUCAAAGAAUGGGAAGAAAAGAUACAAUCUAAUUUUGAAGAGUUCUUUUGGAUCAACUCUACACCAAUGCCUGACAGGGAACCACACCCAGAACUGAUAAACAAAAGAGGGAUCUAUAAAGAUUCUUACUUUGCCAAACCAUUCUUUGCAGAUUUUCAAUUAAGACCAAAUUUCUUUGUGGCCAUGGUGGUGGCACCAGAAUUAUUUACUCCAGAAAAUGCAUGGACUGCCCUGAAACAAGCACAGGAUAUUUUAGUGGGACCUUUAGGUGUCAAAACAUUAGAUCCAAGUGACUGGUCAUAUGUAGCAGAUUAUGAUAACAGCAAUGACUCUAAUGAUCCUAAAGUAGCUCAUGGGUUUAAUUACCAUAAUGGUCCUGAAUGGGUGUGGCUGAUGGGUUACUUCUUAAGAGCUAAAUUAAUCUUUGCCGACAAACUUGAGAAGAGAAUGCCAGGAAUAAGGAAACAGACUAUGGGAUAUAUUAAAUCUAAAAUGACAGUACAUUUUGAGCAUCUCACAGGUUCUCCAUGGCAAUCAUUACCAGAACUAACUAAUUCACAUGGAUCUUAUUGCAGAGACAGUUGUGCUGCCCAGGCCUGGAGUGUUGGGUGUUUAUUGGAAGUAUUUUAUGACUUGAAUCAAGCAGAAGAAGAAGAUGACUUGGCCAAGUCUGCUGUGAAGCCAAAGGACAAACAUGAUGUUCUUGUAUCUGUUUCCUAGAUAUACAUUGAUAUAAUGUCAGCAAUUACACCAAGUUUUAUGUAAUAUGAUUAGCAUAUUAAGGAUAAGUUUUGAUGUGAUAUAUGCUUCUUUUAACAUUUGGAAAAAUAUUGAGGUUAGUUGCGAAGUUGAACAAAACACAUGUAUGCAUACAUUAUACAUUUGUUGAAUUUAUAUAUUUAUAUCCUCAGUUCUUAGACCGCUGCUUACGAAGUGAGUAUAUAGUGAUUUUGCUGUCCAUUUAAUUGUUCGUUCCUUCACACUGUGCUAUGCAUUUGUUUACUUAACUCAAUUUUUCUAGUUGUUGAAAGUUAUUAAUAUUUUGUGAUAUUUUUUGAGAUGGCACUGCCAUAUAUGAUAUUAUCAUGGAUUUUAAACAAGAAAAGGCAUUAAAAUUAAGAAUAUGCUGUUACCUGUAUAAAAGUAGCAUAUAAUUUACAUAGUACCGGUUUUGGAGUUUGUAAUUCCAUUGAUGUUUUAAACAUUCCUAUGUUUGUAUGGUAUGACAGUGGUUUUAGUUGAUACUGUGAAACCAAUCUUAACUGAUCUGUUUACUCCAUGGGUACUUGGUCAGUAAGUAUUGACUGAACCUUGUAACAAGUUAUAUUUUUUACUAGAUAAAUUGCAUCGUUUUCUUUAAAAAUAUUCCUGAAUUCAAUAUUUUUUAUUGUCUUAUUUUAACAAUUAUUACAACCUUUUAUUUCUGCAGAAAAAUGUUUUUAUAACAAGAACUUAUUCCAAUGAGUUUUACUAAACUUUUUUUUCAUUUUGAAUCAAAUAAAGCUUUUUACAGCAUUAAAUUUAAAUCAACAGUACACAUAUAGUUUGGGUUGAACAUGUACAUAAUGAGAAUUCUAUUAUUUGUUGAUCUCAAUUAGUUUCCUUCUAUUUUAACAAUGAAAUCCACAAUCAUUGUACUCCCUGUAAUAUUUAUUCUGCUGCAGUAUGUAUGUAUUGACAAAGUAAGAAUCAGAUCAGAGAUAUCAAAUUUGAAUAUGGAGUAAAGCUUAAUAUUUGUGUUAUAAAUACAAAACAGCAAAAUAAAAACAUCUAAUUUUUGAACUUAGAUAAUGUAAGUGAUUGCAAACCAUUUGUAUUUUUUUCAAUUCAGAUGAAUUCAGUCUUUUAACUUGCAAGAAUGUACUUUUAUUAAAAUGUAAAAAGGGUGUGUUUGGGAUGAAAUUUGAAAAGAAUAUAGAUUUAUUGUAGUUAUUGAGAUUGCAAGACUAUUCAUGGUUGUAGUUGCAAUUAAAUUGCUCUUCCUAAGAAAAUUUAUAAACAAUGUGAGUAGAAAUAAAUUUCAAAACUGCAAUUAAACUUCUGCUAAUUACAUAAGGUUCGCUUUACUUUAAGGUAUUUGCAGUGUUGGUACAUUGAAAUUUAGACAAAAUAAACAUUGUACACAAGUUAUGCAAACAAACUUAGAAAUGUGAACUCAGAAUCAUGAAAAGAAUGUUGUUUUUUUUUAUUUUUAUAUUUUACCUCUUUUUUUUCAGUACAUAUUUUCAUUCUUUGUUUUUGCUUAGAUUACAAACCAAAUAAGCUGAUGUUAUGUGACGUUAUAAUUAAUGUAAUUUAUGCUUAUACUGAAGAUUUAAAUAGCUUUUGUGUAAUUUAAGUUAGUGUUAGAUAUUUUCCAAAAUGCCAAUUUAUUGAAAAAUGAUAUUUGCAAUUUAAACUGUUAAGCUGGGGUGUAUUCCAUUUAUAACUAUGGAGUCCCUCUAAGUGUGUCAUGUUGAAAUGUUAGCACAUAUUUGGAACCAAAUUGUAAUUUUUUUUAACCUGCAGUUAAAAGAUGUAAAACUGUAUUUGUUGCAGUAUAAUUUGACAGUUAAAAAUUGACAAAGGCUUCUUUUAAGCCUGUCUUGCCUAUGGGCUUCCCAAAUCAUUAACAUAUUACCAAAAGCUUUUGCCUAACAUAACCAAAUAACAAAAAUCUUGUGUAAAUCAGAGGAAAAACAUAUCACAUGCAAUUAGUUCUUCUAUAGCAUAGAAAGUAAUACAAAGAAUAUCUUAUGGCACCUAACAGGAAAAAAAGAAAACAUAGUAAGUAUAUGCCAAUCAAAAAUUGUGUAUUUUGUGCUAAGGAAUAUAAAAUUAGCAAAGAUUGAUCAACAAUAACAAAAUUCAUAAUAAAAAUCAAAGAGAUUUUUUAAAAUGUCAUCAAUGUAAAAGCUAUAGCAUAAUACAUCCAGUAAAUUUUUACAUACAAAAUGCAGUCUGGUUAGACUAUAUAUAUUUGGUGUUGUGUAAAUGUGUCUGUAUACUAGAGUUUUGACUCACUGUUAUAUGAACCAAGUGUGAAUACAAUGUAAACUAUUAAUGUUCAAUAAGUUACACUACAAAUGUUCACCAUUAUAUAAUUGUUUCUAUCAGUAUUUGCUGGUAUUACAAAAUGUAUAGAAAUAUUUUUUGGUGCUCUAUUUUUUUUCAAUAAUAACCCAAAUUAAAUUACAACUGUUAACUCCAUUGAUCUCAGAUAACAAUUUGAUUAAAUUCUAUUCUAAACAAUAUACUCACAACCAAAGAAGAUCUUAAAACCUUAAUUCAUCAGGUAUUAUCUGGUAUUAUCUGGUAUGUGGCCAUUCUUAACUGUUGGUGAACUAAAUCAUAACAAUUCUUUGAUAGUCUCUAUUAAAUUAAUUCACUACAUUUAGACAUAUUAUAUAGAAACCUCUCUGUUGUUUGAAGAUUAUACCCCACAUACAUAUGCAAAAUCACAACAAUUAUACAUAAUUUAAUACUUUCAAAAGUGUCAUUUUUAGUGGCAGUCUUAGGGAUUAGCUGUGUGUGAAAAAUGUGCUUCUGUUACAAUCCAUUUGAAUGAAACAGUUCAUUUUAUUGGUUGAAAUCAUGUACAUCUUUGUUUUGAUAAAGAUAAGACAUAUUUUUUAUGAUUCACAUAUACCAAAGAAUACUGAUAAAAUUGUUACAUGAUGAAGAUGAAAAUUAUAUAUGUGUGUACUGCCAAGUUAUUGUUGCUAAAUCUGUUUUUCAGAGGCAAGAUAUAUGCCUGUAUAUAUACACUGUAUAUAUUUAGAUGAUGUAAAGAAAGAAAUUUUGGUGAGGGGUUUAUUUUUGAUUAGUUCUGUAAUUAAGAUAACAUCAGAAAAAUAUUUCCUUGUGUAUAUUUCAUCUUGAAACGAAGAACAUAAUCAGAGACAACAAAGAUGAAUUUAAAACUUCUUUCACAGAAAUCACAAUACAAAUUAUUAUAGUAAAGCUUAUCUGAAAGACUUUUCAUUUGCUCACCUUUAUCCAGAUUAAUGUAUAUGAUAAGAAUAUUUUUUUUUAAAUUAUGAUACCAGUUUUAGUGGAUAAAUAAAUGUAUUUUCUUGAACUUUCUAAUGUUGAUUAUAAAGCCUAAAUAGGGCUGUUUUACCAGCAAUGGAAUUAGAUUUUUCAAAAAGUACCUUUGAUUUGAUUUUUGCUUUUACCUGAUAUUAAGUUUCAAAAUUUGUAAUAGAAUGAAGUAAUUCAAAAUAAUUGAACUGUUGCAGGCCCCACUACUUAACAAACUAGAAAUAGUUGACAUAAAAUAGGCACUGAAUAUUACAAAUAAAAAGUAAAAAAAAUAAUGUCAAUUAUAGUUACACAAUUACAAAUGACACAAUUUCUUGUAACCCCAAGUCAACACUGGAAGAUAUUUGUCGGGAUUGAACAAAUGAUCAUUUUUAUUAACAGAGUUAUUAAAAUGAUGCAAAGCACAAUGUGAUUUAGUAAACCGUAUGUAGUAAUAUUUAGAAUUUCCUUGCCUAAAUAUAGUAUGGCAGCAGAUAAAUUCAGGUUUUUUAUGUGAUUUGUUUUGUAUUACAUUUGCUUGGAAUAUUUUCAUACCCCACACACUGCCCCCACUCCCCCAAAAAUGAAGUGUCAGAGUAUAUAGGAAUCACCUUGUUUGAUUUGUUUGUCUCUCUGUGAAUAUUGUGUAUGUUCAAUCUAUAAUGUCUGAUGAAUAUUUAUGGAUCUUUACUGUUACACAAAGAAAAUUUUUAUGAUCAAACUUUUGGUCAGGUGACUUUUGAACCUAUAUCUAAAGAACAAAAGGAUAUCAUUAUUUUUGUUAUAUAGUAUCAGUCAGUAUUAAAAUGCUUUAUAAUAAAUGUUUAGUCCUGUAUAAGUUUUUACGGGUAUUUGGUUUGUUGGUUACCCUUUAUAUCAUUGUUGCAUUUAUUAUUUUAACUUCAUAAUUAAUUCAGACAAUAGUGAAAAUGAUCCUUUGAGGAACUUAAUCCCAUUGUAAAUACAAUAACAUGUUUUUACAUGGACGUUAAACAUGCUUGUCCAUGAUGUAAUAUAACAAUAAUAAGAAAUUAAAUAUAAUGUUCUCACAUUGAAGCUAUUCUCCCAUAUUCUGAAAUAAUUACUAAUUCUAAGUAGCUAACAAUAUUGUAUAUUGCAGAUUUGCGACUUGUAAAAUGAAAGAUAACGCCCAACUAGUAGCCUAAAAAGGACAGUAAUGUAUACUUUUUUUAAAAACACAAUAAAAAUUCAUUUGGCAAAGUGUAAAAAAUUGCAUCAUCUUAUAACAAUGACUUUAGGCUGCAUUAAUAUAGAAUUAUAUAGGAUUUAGUAGGAGUUUAUCAAUGUGUUGGCUUAUUCACUCAAACUCUAAAUAAAGUCAAAUAAAGAAUUUGUGGUAAAAAAAGAAAACACAAGAACCUAUUCUUAUGUAUAAGAAGGCAAAAAUUGUCCAUUUGUUUUACUGGUUCAGUAAUCCAGUUUGCCAGACUUCUCUUUGUCUUCAUAUUUAAUACUGAGACUACUCAUCCCAAGUAUGAAUUUUAAUUGUCUCUCCCUGCCAUCCAAUUAAAUUCUUGUGUAUAGUCAUAUACAUAUUAAAUUUGAAUUGUUUGGUCAAUUUUUAUUGACUUUGCUAGUACCUAUUCUUAUUUAAGAUUAAGGACCCAACAGAAUACAGUGCCUGACUUUGUCAUGGAGGAUUACAGGCUGAUAUAGUUGGCAUUAAUUUUCAGAACUUUUAUGAAAUAUUUUCUGUAGUUAAUGUCUUCGAGUUCUAUAUGAUGACUACAAAACCAUUUAGUAUAUUUAGUAAAUAUUAUUUAGCAAUCUUAGAAGUUUCCGAGUCAUUUUAUAAAAAAAUGUGUCUAAAUUCAAUCUGGUCAUUUGUUUUCAUAGUUUUUGUUUUUUAAAUCAGCUGACCCGAUAUAUGUACCAGUAAGUUAUUUUGUUUUAUAUUUUAAUUUUGUUUUAGUUUUUUUGCUUGUGUUACAUAUUUUUAACCUUAUAUUAUAAUUAUUUGUUACCAAGAAUAAACAUCUUUUUAUCUGAAA